CGCGGCAAAUAAGCGCGCUAGACAAGUGACAGCAUACCGGGUACAUGUGCACCAAUUUGUACUUGUGCGACGUGCACACACAACAAACGACUUCCGUGGUUUUGUGUGAAGGCAGCUCAGGUUGGACGCCGUUGCGUUGCUUCAUCCGCCUCAUCGCGUGCAGCAGUGGUUGGGGCACUAAAUAUCUUGGACUUGGACUGUUGGAGGACUUCUGAGUGGCAUUCUCAGGAUUUGUUGUUGAAAGAUUGUAAGCAGUUGGCUGUGGGUCAACAAACCAUCCAGAGCUGUCAUUGGACAUUACACCAAAGCAACGAGAGAUCAACGGAUUUGCCUGCUUCAUCCUAUUCAAAGCCCGCUAGCAUAGUACCGUUACAUGAGGAUGGGCUGCAAGUUGAGCUGAGUGAUUUGUCUGAGGAAACUGCCGUAAAUCUGCCGGGAUAAUCUUCAGAGAGUCGAUCCACAACAAAUAUUUUUGGAAGGCGAGUCUCUCCAUGGACGCGAGGGUGACAGCUUUGUCGAAUUCAACGAUGGCGGCAGCUGAUGCUAUCCUGUUCAACAAGCCAGUGGAGGUCCCACUGCCCAGCCAGUACCAUAGACUGGUACAUCUAGACUUAAAGAGAGCACCAUUGAAGAUGGAGUUUCUCACCAAGCUGAUUGUGAAGCUCAAGGAAUGGGGAGCCACCGGUUUGCUGGUCGAAUACGAAGACACGUUUCCGUACACAGGGGAGCUUGCCGAGCUGGCAUUACCCAAUGCAUACAGCCUGGCAGAUAUAGAAGCACUUCAACAGAUCACCAGAGACAAUGACAUGGAGUACGUUCCCUUAGUGCAGACGUUUGGCCAUCUUGAGAUGGUGUUGAAGCACAACAAGUUUGUCCAUCUGAGGGAGGUAGCAGAGUUUCCAACUAGUAUUUGCCCCUCAAAAGAAGAGUCCCUGCUGCUGAUUCAGGAGAUGCUAGAACAAGUCAUACAAGCACAUGAAGGCCUCAAGUACUUAAGCAUUGGCGGUGAUGAAGUUGCCCACGUUGGCUUAUGUCACAAGUGCCAGCAUCGUAUCGAGACUGACCUAGGCGGCUACACCUGCUCAUUGUACUUAGAUCACAUGACCAAGGUGUUACGGUACAUGCGCAAGCAACAUCCCGGUAUUACGUGCAUUAUGUGGGACGAUAUGCUCAGGACCAUCAACCCGAAGAUCAUGAACGAUUUCAAACUCGGUGAACUGGUCGAGCCAAUGGUGUGGAAUUACUCCGAUGAUAUCACGUCAUUCAGGCUGCGUUUUCAUCAAGGCAUGUGGCAAAACUAUGCCCAGGUUUUCAAGCACUUCUGGAUAGCAACUGCCUUUAAAGGAUCCUUUGGUCACACUCUGUACUGGCCUCCCGUCAAGCUCCAAGUUAAGAACCACCUACUGUGGCUACAAGAACUGGACAAGGAGAUUCCCAAGACCCUGGCGCUAAGGGGCUAUGCACUGACUGGAUGGCAGAGGUACGACCACCUAUCAGUGCUAUGUGAGUUAUUACCUACUGGGAUACCCUCUCUAGCUCUGUGCUUGCAGGUUCUUUUACAAGGUGGUUACUCUCAUGAUCUGCUGGAGAGAGUGUCCAAACAACUUGGUUUCAGUGAGCCUUUUCAAUUAGAGUUCCCCCAACAUAUCGAAUCUCUGGAUCCCAAGGUGGCCUUUUCCGGCAGUGAUGUCUACUCUGCUGUCCAAGAUUUGGUUAUAUUUGAGUCUUCGUCCCGAUUCAAGGAUUUCAUGAGUCAGAGCCAGCUUCAUGCAAACACGAAUCCCAACGCAAGUAUUGCCACCGAUCUUCCCAUGGUCCAUUAUUCUGUUGAGGAGAGCGCAACAGAGGCAAAAAGUUUGUCAGGUCAGCUAGAUGCUAUUCGGCAGAGGGCCAGGGCCGCACUACGCAACGUCUACCACACCACUACCAAUGAAGAAUGGCUGGAACUACGCAUCAACCCCAUCCUCAGGGCACUCAAGAUGUUCGUGGGAGGCGGGAGCAUGGACGAGGUCAAGGAAGAGGACGAAGACGAGAUGGAGGUUGCGAGCAGUUAAGGGUACCAGUCAUACUGGUUGUACAGCGCACAAUUAUGUAUCGUGUACCAGUGAAAACUGUAACAGUGGGAACUUACACAAAUCUAUGGAAGACAAGCACGCAGUGCUAUGCUUAUGUCCCUUGGCAAGCCAGUUUAUCACAAUUUUAUGACUGCACCUAACAGUUAAAGUGUGGGAACAUAUUCAUUGAGAAAUGGCAGUUAAGCAGUGACUUAAACUAUUUCACUGAAAACUCAACAAUAGAUUGAUUGGAGAUGAGCACGGAAUGUCAUGUUUGUCUUCCUGAGCAACGAACUUUACCACAAUUUUUUGUAUCCACCCAACAGUUAAAGAAGCACCCAUGACAGCACAUAUAAAUGUACAGAUAGAUGGCAGUGACCAGUGAAUGCAAACUUUCCCACAGGUCAUGUAAACAAGAGACCAAUAGUAGGAGAGCGCAGAGCAGUAUUCUUGUGUUCCUAAGCAAGGAACUUUACCACAAUUUCUUGCCUUAACCAUCCGUAAAACAAGCACCCGUGAGAGAGCAUUCACUUUACAUACAGAUGGCAGUAACCAGUGAUUGAAACUUUACCACACAAACUAAAUUAGAGAUUGAUGAUGGAAGAGCACAGAGCAGUAUUGUGUUCCUGAGCAAGGAACUUUACCACAAUUUCUUGCCUUACCCAUCCGUAAAACAAGCACCCGUGAGAGUGCAUUCACUUUACGUACAGAUGGCAGUAACCAGUGAUUGAAAAUUUACCGCACAAACUAAAUUAGGGAUUCAUGAGGGAAGAGCACAGAGUAGUAUGGGUGUUCCUGAGCAAGGAACUUUACCACAAUUUCUUGCCUUCACCCAUCAGUAAAACGAGCACACAACCGCACAUAUGGGUAGUUAUGGGGUACCACUAUUGUCCACCUUUACUUCCUUACUAUUGUUCUCCUCAAACUACAUAGCGUUUCUCCUAGGGAACUGAGAUUUCUCAAGAGUGACUUGGGAGGUACCAUUGUCCCUAUUGUUAUCCAUUGUUCCCUGUACCCCAUAAGACCAUAUACGUAAUCACGCCCGUACAGAUAGAUAGCAGAAACCAGUGAUUGAAAAUUCACCCCAGGUCAAUCAAGAGACCAAUAGGAGAAGAGCACAGAUAAGUUUUCUUGUGUUCCUCAGCAAGAAACUUCACCACUAUUUCUCACUCACCAAAAAGUAUAGGAAGUUGCUGCUGAGCAUUCUAUUUUGCUGGGACUGAGUAAGAGGGGGGGUUUAAAUUUUGUACAAUCCCACCGGUAAGCUUGGGUGAUCAUCAACAACUCUGGAGUAGAAAACAGUUGCACAUGUGGAUUCUGCUUAGCCUUUGCAACUAUGCCCGGUGUCAUCAUCAACAGUUCAGAAGUGAUUUGAAAUCACCAGAACAUAUUUUGAGUUUCAAUGUGUCUUCUGGCAGUGAAUCAGUUGGUUCUUUGAGACGGAACUGACAUCAGCAAUUGCAAGCAUGCAACUUUUCUUGUUAAAUAUUUUCCAAUCAGGUGGAGAAGAUGAAGAAACUCUUUAAUUUUUGAAAUGUGUUUAAUGGUCAACUGUA